AUGCAUCCCUGUAAUCCCUCGGGCGAACUGGACGAGUCAUCGCCGAAAACACGUCUUAACGCGGAAUUCUAUGAUCCGAAGAACCCUUUCCUGGACACAGGCAAGCCUGCAUCAAGUCCCAAAGCCACACUCACAGAAGCUGAAUUGGACGAUGUUCAGGUGCGAUCGGAUGCCAGAGCAGGAAAGCGAGGAAGAAUGAACUCUGGAACACCACGGCCAGUGGACGGUGAAGCCAGCGUCAUCAGCUGCAAGCACAUCAAGGAUCCGACCAAGGAAUCGGAGAACCAUGACAACAGCAGAGCCACCAGCACAAGUAGUGGAGAAACCAUUACCGCAGAAGAGCUUGAAUUUCCAGAUCCCACUGCCAAUCUCGAGCAGUUAGUGGCGCUGAAUCAAGAGGUGGAGUGGAUUGUAGAGGAAGAAGAUCUUGUUCGAAAGUUCCGGGAGUUCAGAGCGCAAAACCUACAGGACUUUUCGCUUGCGCGCGAUGGCAUAGCUGAUAUGACCAUCAACUCAAAAUUCAGGAGGAGUCUGGCUCCAAACGUUGGUAGAGCUGCGAGUAGGGUGGAUCCCGUUAGCAACCUUCACGAGCAUUGGCCCACUUUGACAGAUGUCCUCGAGCGCGUAUUUGCGAAUAGCCACUACGACAGCGUGAAUGAUGCGAUUGCAGAGGAGAGCAUGGGGGAUCCUGUCGCGCGCUACAUCAUGUCGAUCAUUCACUCAGGUGCAAUGACCAUGACGGGACUUGAGACGCAGUACUUGGAAGUCCUCAUCACAGGCGUACAGGAGCGCAAGAACUGGGCACGGAAUGAUCUAAUAGAUACAAAGCAGAUUGGCCAGUUCGCCGACGGUGUCACGAUAUGGGAAGGCUGCCAGCUUUGCCUUUCAGGAGCGUCGACCAUUCACAACGGCAAGGCUGAGAAGUUGCGACAAGACGAGUUCAAGCUUGCCAGGGCUAUGAGGGAUUCUUGGGCCAGUCAGGUGAAGGCCUCAUCCAAGCACUCGAUUCCUCGGCGUGGGAUCGCUGUAUACGGAUCUAGCACGUUCAACGACGAGACCAAGCUCUGGCGCCUCGACUUCCGUGGUGUUUUUCGACUCCUUCACUUUGAUACAUUCUUCAUCCCUCUCAAGAAGGGUGAGUUCGGAAAGAAAACCAAGGAGGCUAUCUUACGGAGUCUUACAUUGGCGAUGCGUAUCAAGGCAGAGGUGUCCGCGCGAGAGGAGGAGGCGAAGCCUGUGGAUCACGAGAUACGCGAGAUGUUGCAGGAAAUUGUAAACUCCAUCCAGCCCACGACAACAACACCAACAAAAAACUACAAGAAAAGACCGGCAGCAUUCUACCCGUGA